GGCAAAGCAAAACAACAAUUGAGGGGAUGGUGAGUGUCCAGCGAUGAAUGUCCGUCCCAGGUGCAGGCAGUGGUCAAAUAGACAUAGGUCCACUUAUCCUGUUGCAGCCUCGUUAAGCGGAUAUGAUGCAAGCAGCCAUAGGGUUGACAAGAAUUCCUCCCGCGGCAGGCCGUCGCGAAGGAGCGAUGGUGCAAGGUGCCCAGGGACAAGGCAACCAAAGCACCAGCGAUCCUGCGGGACGUGGAGAUGACGACAAGCAUGAGGACGGGCAGGGACAUGACGAAAGGAGAAAUGGGAGCAGGGACGGGGACGGCGGCGAUGACGAGCCGUUAACCAGCAGGAGGAAGAGGACGCGGCAGGAGGAAAAGUUGGAGGAGAAGGCGAGAUUGUGGGUAGACUGUGAGGUUUUGGGUUACAGACCCGGAAAACGUAUGCGAGACCUCGUUACAGAUUGCGACGAUUAUUACAUGGCCAUCGUCAACGGGGAUUUUGGAGUCGAGACGCCACCUAUACUCAACAUGCCACCCGCUGAUGUCCCACAUUUUAAGAUCGAGGACCCCGCACAGCAUGGCCCUGCCCUUCGGAGAGCGAGGAACUCAGAGAGAGUGGCGUUGAGAUUCAUCCACAACUAGAUCUUCAAGUCGUCAUCGAAGGCCCAUGGAUUCGCCCUAGCGGAAUCUUACAUCACGGUGGACUACGCCACGGACGUCGCGCGAGCGUUUUGGUAGUCCAUGGAGUGAUCGAAAGUGAUGUUGCCAACUGUUAUCUACUAUACUCUCCAAAUGAAGAUGGAAGUUCCCUUAUGGUUUGCGGGGGUUCGAAUUGUGGAUAGACUCGAUGACGACGACAUGGUGGCGCAUUAGGAGUCGGCAGUCGUCCACAUCGCAAAGUGUUGGACGAACGUUUUGAGGUACGGGCAAUACUCGGAUGGCAGACACGUGAAGCCCAACAAAUCGAACAGACUGGC